AUGGUAGGUGCAAGGGAACUUUGUCUUAUUUGGGCAGAAGAUAAAUAUAGGUACUGGUCAUGGAUCUCUCUUCCGGAGUCCAAGCUUGAGAAAGUGGCUUCUCUAAACAGAGUUUGUUGGCUUGAAAUACGUGGGGAAAUUGAUAUGAGUAUUCUUUCUCCAUGGACUCUCUACAAAGAAUAUCUUGUGUACAACCUCACUGAAAACGCAAAUGGAUUCGAAGUGCCUGUGGAGGUCGCUGUUGUUGCAAGGCAUUAUGGAUUUGAGUACGGACCACUGGAUGCCGCACUUGGUGCAGAUAAAAGUAAGCGGACAGCGUAUCUAGAUCCGAAGAUGGAAAUUGAUGGAGCUCGACUGCCAAAGAAUAGAGCUGAUGGCUGGUUAGAGAUGGAGCUGGGUGAGUUUCAAUGCCGAGCUGAAGAAGAUGGGGAGUUGGAAAUGAUCUGCGCCGAGUUUAAAGAUCUUUGGUGA